AUGGGAGAACUAGUCCAACAUUCACCACUUUGCCACAAUGACAAGAGCAGUGCCUUAUUGCAGUUCAAAGACAGCUUUGUUAUUGACAAAUUUGCUUCUUAUGGAUCUUCUGCUUAUCCAAAGACGGCAUCUUGGGCACAAGGAAAGAACCGUGAUUGUUGCUUCUGGGACGGUGUCAAGUGCGAUGAGGAUACCAGGCAUGUCAUCACACUUCUUCUCAACAGUAGUUGUCUUCACGGUUCUAUCAACUCCACCAGCGCUCUUUUCCAACUUUCUCAACUCCAUGUCCUUGACCUUUCCAACAAUGAUUUUAAUCAAUCUCAAAUCCCAUUUGCUCUGGCAGAUCUUUCAAAAUUAACAUAUCUCGACCUUGAGCUCAGUGGGUUCUUUGGUUUGAUUCCUCCAUCAAUUGGUAAGCUAACUAUGCUUACUUAUUUGUCCCUUUCACGAAAUAAGUUGAACGGUCAAAUCCCAUAUGUAUUCGGAAAUCUUUCAAGAUUAACAUAUCUAGGCCUUGCAGGUUGUAGUUUUUCUGAUUUUUUGGUCCCACUUUGUAAGCUAACUAGUACUACGCAUUUGUACAUUUCAGAAAAUUAUCAUUUGAAUGGUCAAAUUCCCUUUUUUCUUCCAAAACUCACCCAACUCAACUUUUUAGAUAUUAGUUUUAAUAAUUUAAGUGGUCAAAUUCCACCGUGGUUUGGAAACUUAACCCAAUUAACUUCCUUGCUUCUUGAACAAAAUAGCUUGCAAGAUAUCCUGCCAAAAUCAUUUUCUAGACUCAAGAAUCUUGAAUAUCUUGAUCUUAGGUUGAAUCAUUUGAGUGGAACUGUGGAUUUUGACAUGUUUCUUGGCAUGAAGAAUCUCAAACAACUCCAAUUAUCAGCUAACAAAUUGUCAGUGGUCACUACUGAAACCAACAGUAGUACAAAUAUUACUAGUACUAUACCUCAGUUUGAUGUUUUAGUAUUGGAUUCGUGCAAUUUACGUAACUUCCCUGGUAUCUUAAGCUACCAAAACAAUCUAAUGGUUUUGUCACUUCAUGGAAACCAAAUACAGGGUAAAGUUCCCAAGUGGGUAUUGAACAUUAGCUUAGAAAUCAUGUCAGGUUUGCUACUUUCUGGAAAUUUUUUGACAGGCUUUGACCAACCUCCGUUGGCGGUUCUUCCAUGGGUUCAUCUUCAGAUAUUUGAUAUUUCCUAUAACAUCCUGGAAGGAUCACUCCCGAUUCCACCACCAUCCACUGUGAGCUAUGGGGCUAUAAGCAACAAACUGAGUGGACAAGUUUCACUAGCAUUCUGCAAUUUUAGUUCCAUUAGCCAUAUUAAUUUUGGGGAUAACAAAUUGAGUGGCAUGCUUUCAGACUGCUUGGUAAAUCUCAGCGAUUCACUUUUAGUUCUAAAUCUGGCAAAUAACUCUUUUGGUGGUACCAUGCCUAAAAUCUGCACAGAUGGAAGCCAGCUAAGGAUGAUUGAUCUAAGCUACAAUAAGUUCGAAGGGCGCUUACCACGAUCAUUGCGCAGUUGUAAGUUGCCAUCUGAAUACUUCCAAAAAUGGAACUCCAUGAAAGCUUUUGAUGCUACCAAUUCAUCUUAUAUGAAAGUAGACUCAAAUUUCAUUACCAGGACCUCGGCUCACUCCAAUUCUUCAUUGACCCUACUCUAUCCAAUGUCAAUCAAAAUAACAAUUAAAGGUGUGGAUAGGGUUUUUCGUAAGAUCCAAGAUGUUUUAGUAGUGAUUGAUUUCUCAAACAACAUGCUCGAAGGAGAGAUUCCAGAUUCCAUUGGGAGCUUAGAAGGGAUUCAAGUUCUUAACCUCUCCAACAACAUUCUUAAUGGCAGCAUACCAUCAACCUUGGGAAGCAUAACGCUGCUUGAGUCGCUUGAUCUUUCUCAAAACAGGCUCCAUGGAGAGAUCCCUCCUCAACUGAAACAUCUCAAUUUUCUUGCUAUCUUCAAUGUAUCUCAUAACAAUCUUGCAGGACCUAUACCACAAGGAAACCAGUUUGCUACAUUCGAAACAAGUUCAUAUGAUGGGAACUUGGGGUUAUGUGGUUAUCCAUUGGCAACAAAGUGUUGGAAUUCUGAGUCCCCAAAAUUACGACUGCCAGCUUCUGAAGAGAAGGGUGACUCAGGGCUUCCAUUUGAUUUUGAUUGGAUCACAGUCUUGCCAGGAUAUGCAAGUGGGCUAGUAGUUGGAAUUGUUGGUGGGAAUUUUGUUAUUGUGAAGAAGCAGUUUUGGUUUCUGAAGAGGCAAAUGAAAAGGAAAAUUAGAAGGGGAUUUAGAAGCUGA